AUGACAGCAUUACUGCAUACUCAUCCUCAGAACACGCAUGAUGACAGCAUUACUGCUGUCUCUUAUACACAUCUAGAUGUGUAUAAGAGACAGGGCUCCCACAGACUGCGUGUUGCACAGGCUGCCACAGACUGCGUGUUGCACAGGCUACCGCAGACUGCGUGUUGCACAGGCUGCCACAGACUGCGUGGUGCACAGGCUCCCACAGACUGCGUGUUGCACAGGCUGCCACAGACUGCGUGUUGCACAGGCUCCAGUCUCGGACUGAGCGACGCUCAGAAGACGGCUGCCUCUGGCCGCGCAGACCUUGAAAAUUCGUCACCGAUGAUGGCCCGCCGCUUAGACCUUCAGGUGCCUUCGUCAGGUGCCCUCGUCAUCUGCCUUCGUCAGGUGCCUUCGUCAGGUGCCCUCGUCAGGUGCCUUCGUCAGGUGCCCUCGUCAGGUGUCCUCGUCAGGUGCCCUAGUCAGAUGCCCUCGUCAGGUGCCCUCGUCAGGUGCCCUCGUAGGUGCCUUUGUCAAAUGCUUUCGUCAGGUGCCCUCGUCUGGUGUCCUCGUCAGGUGCCCUCGUCAGGUGCCCUCGUCAGGUGUCCUCGUCAGGUGUCCUCGUCAGGUGUCCUCGUCAGGUGCCCUCGUCAGGUGCGCUCGUCAGGUGUCCUCAACAGGUGUCCUCGUCAGGUGCCCUCGUCAGGUGCCCUCGUCAGGUGCCCUCGUCAGGUGCCCUCGUCAGAUGCGUCCGGUGCCCUGGCUUCUAUGUCAGAUGCGUCCGGUGCCCCUUCGUCCGAGUGCUGGUGCAGUGACUCAGCAAAUGCAGUAAAAACCAAACGCAGCAGCUGCACUCAAAGUGUCAAGUGCGACCACUGCCAUAAGUGUCAGGUGCAGCAGGUACACAAGUAUCAGGUGCAGCAGGUGCAACAAGUAUCAGGUGCAGCAGGUGCAGCAAGUGUCAGCUGCAGUAGAGGUGGAGCGUCAGCUGCAACCAUAACUGGUGGUGCGUCAGCUGCAACCAUAACUGGUGGUGCGUUGGCUGCAACCAUAACUGAUGGUGCGUCAGCUGCAACCAUAACUGGUGGUGCGUCUGCAGCUGCAACCAUAACUGGUGGUGCGUCAGCUGCAACCAUAACUGGUGGAGCGUCAGCUGCAACCAUAACUGGUGGAGCGACAGCUGCAACCAUAACUGGUGGUGCGUCAGCUGCAACCAUAACUGGUGGUGCGUCUGCAGCUGCAACCACAACUGGUGGUGCGUCAGCUGCAACCAUAACUGGUGGAGCGUCAGCUGCAACCAUAACUGGUGGAGCGUCAUCUGCAACCGUAAAUGAUGGUGCGUUGGCUGCAACCAUAACUGGUGGAGCGACAGCAGCAACCAUAACUGGUGGUGCGUCGGCUGCAACCAUAACUGGUGGAGCGUCAGCAGCAACCAUAACUGGUGGUGCGUCAGCAGCAACCAUAACUGGUGGUGCGUCUGCAGCAACCAUAACUGGUGGAGCGACAGCUGCAACCAUAACUGGUGUUGCGUCGGCUGCAACCAUAACUGGCGGAGCGUCAGCAGCAACCACAACUGGUGGUGCGUCGGCUGCAACCAUAACUGGUGGAGCGUCAGCAGCAACCAUAACUGGUGGAGCGACAGCUGCAACCAUAACUGGUGGUGCGUCUGCAGCAACCAUAACUGGUGGUGCGUCAGCUGCAACCAUAACUGGUGGUGCGUCAGCUGCAACCAUAACUGGUGGUGCUGUCUCUUAUACACAUCUAGAUGUGUAUAAGAGACAGCGUCGCAACCAUAACUGGUGGUGCGUCAGCUGCAACCAUAACUGGUGGUGCGUCAGCUGCAACCAUAACUGUGGUGCGUCAGCUGCAACCAUAACUGGUGGUGCGUCUGCUGCAACCAUAACUGGUGGUGCGUCUGCUGCAACCAUAACUGGUAGUGCGUCAGCUGCAACCAUAACUGGUGCUGCGUCAGCUGCAACCAUAACCGGUGCAGCGUCAGCUGCAACCAUAACUGGUGGUGCGAUUGCAGCCAUUACAAAAUAA